UGUUGCAACGAUUAAAAUUAUUAGCAAAUAAUAAUGAUGUAGAUGAAUAUAAACAAUCUUCAUCAUCAGAUCAUGGAUUUUCAUCAUCAUCAUCAUCAUCAUCUUCGGCCAUUUCUUCACCUUCAUUACGUUUUCUUAAAUCGGAAUCCGGUUCAACAACUACAGCAUCAUCAUCAUCAUCAUCAUCGCAUUCAUCAAUUUCAUCACGUAUGGCAAUUACAUCGAAUAAUGAUCAAAAAAUGUUAUCAAAAUCGUUGAGCGAUUUAAUGUUUAUUUCAAAUUCAUUACCAUCAUCAUCAUCAGCAACAACAACCGAUAAUUCUUGUUCAUCAUCAUCAUCAUCAUCUGAAUGUCUUGGUACACUUAAAUAUACUGAUGAUCAAAGUAAUUGUAACAAUAGUGAUCAAUCGGUUACUUUGUCUGAUUAUUCAUCAUCAUCAUCAUCAUCAAUGGCAUUGAAAUUUACUGGAAAACAGUUGAUGAAAACAAAAUCUUCAAUAUUACAAAAUCCAGUUAUGAUUACAUUUCCAAGACCAGAGAAAAUUGUUCCAUCUCUUGUAGAUCAAUCAAAUUCAAUUACACAAAGUGAAUCGGAAGAUGUUUCAUCAUUAACAAUGGCACCGAAUUCAAUUGAUAAUCAAUCAGAUUGUUCUGAAUUGACAUUAUCAUCUACGAUUCAACAUUUUGGCCAAUGCUUGAAUGUUGAUCAACAACAAAAACAAACAGAUUCAGAAUCAACACUUGAAAACGAUGAUAUUGAUCCAAAGUCUAUCGAUCAUCAUAACAAUAAAAUAUCAGCUAUAUCUGUGCCAAAUUUAACUUUCAUGAAUACACAAGAUAAACAAUGUUCAUCAGAAUCCAAAAACAUGAUCAAAUCAAUGGAUCCGCCGAAAUUAACCACGCCAAAUGGAAUAUACAAAAAGAACAACAAUUUCAAUGGUGGUAAACGAUCAAAUUAUUUUGCUCAAAGAUAUGUACAAAAUUCGAAUCCAACAAAUUCUGACACACAAAUGAUUAUGAAUCGAAAUACAUUGCCAAAUAAUCUAAUGUCAACAACAACAACAACAACAACAACGACAACGACGACGAAAACAAAACGAAUUCCAUCAAUUGAUUCAAAUCUUUCACUAGGAUGUUCCACAGCCACAAUUGGAUCUACUUGUGGAUCAUCAUCAUCAUCAUCAUCAUCAUCAUCUGUGAGUCCAAAUGAAGAUCAUCGUUAUCUAACAUAUGGUACAUCAGCACAACUUCAACAAGAAUAUGGAAAAUUUUUACCAUGGCCAACAUUAACAGAAUUUCGUUUACGACGUAAAUUACGACGUUUUAAACGUAGAGCAAGAAAACUUUUUAAUGGUAAUAAUCUUAUUGGUAAAUCAUUUAAUCGAAUACAAAAUGUAAAGAAAAUAAUUAAGAUGGCAAAAAUGGCUAAACAAGAUCCAAUGUUUAUCAAUGGAAAUUCUGAUAAUAAUAAUGUUCAGGCAACAAUUUCACGUUCAUCAUCAUUAACAUCAUUAUUAAAUCUUAUCGAAGAAGCUAAUAAAAAUCUUUUGAAUAGUUUUCAUGAAGAAGAUAUGAAAAAACGUAAUCAAUUGUUUAAUAGUCAAUAUAUGCUUUCAACAACAACAACAACAACAAAUCAGCCACCAAAAUGUCCACCAAGAUUAAAACGUGCAAUGUCAAGCAUAAAUGUUGGUGAACAAACAAAACAAUAUGCUAAUACUACCACCAACAACAACAACAAACAAUCAUCAUCAAUAUUAAUGAAUAAACAGAAAACGUUGCCAAUGAUGGAACAACGACGUUGGAUAACAAAAAAUACAACCGAUUCAUAUAGAAUUGCAUUUGUUGAGAAUAAAAAUUUACGUACAAGCAAUAAUCAGCAACAAGUGAAAAAUUUAUCGAAUGAUUUGGACACAAUUUCAGUGAAAAGUUUAGAUUCAUAUUUUGGUCAAAUGAGUCUCAAUGAUAAUCAUCAUCAACAACAGCAACAGCAACAACAAGAUUCAAUUAAACAACAACAACAGCAACGAAAUUCUAAAAUUCUAUGUGUACGAUCACAUUUUCAAAUAAAUGAUGGUACAAUCUAUUUAGAAGAUUCUGAUUGGGAAAUGUGUUCCGAAAUAUCAGAACCAUUAUCAUUGAAUGAAUCAAUAAUAAAUGCUAAUGAUGAUGAUGUGAAUAUUGAUACAAGUUUAAUCGAUAUGGCAUUAAGUAAAAGUAUUAUUUCGAAUAAUGGUGAAAUAUCAAUAUUACCAUCAUCAUCAGAAGAAAAAACAAUGGCUGCUACUGCCAAUAUUGAAUCAAAUGUAUCCGAUUCCAUUAUCAAUGAUGCUACUACUCCUUCCACUAAUGAUGAUGGAUAUUCAACAUUGAAAAAAGAAAAACGACGAAUAAAACCAAGAGCACCACCGCCACCUAUUGUUACGAAAAGUAACAAUGUAAAUGUUAUGAAUAAUAAAAAAUUGAUGAAUCAAACAAAAAAUGUUAAAGAUAUUGGUAGAAAACUUGAAGAAACUAUUAAAAAAGUUCAUGAUAAAAAUGUUGAAAAAAUUUCGCCAUCAAAAACUACUACCACUACUACUAAGAUCAAUGUGAAUAAAAAACAAACAAAAGUAGAUAAAAAGAACGAUGAAAAUAAUCAGAAACGAUUCAAAAUACUGGGAAAAUUUCAUAAGAAAACAUCAACAUCAUUAGCGGAUAAUAAGCCAAAAAAUACAAAUUUAAUUGCAAAUUCUGUGGAAAAGAAAAUUAAACCAAAAGAAUGUAUUGAUGAAAUUCAAACCGUAAACAAUGAAAAUAUUGGUGUAUCCAAAUCAAUCUAUUAA